AAGUGUAAGGUGUACAGUUGGUGACACUCCCCGACGAUUAAAAAAAGUUCGCGUGAAGAUUGAGUUGGAAACUACCAUGUUUCAGCUUUGACGUUAGAGACAGACUAUUGUCAUUUAUUAUUGGAUGUAAAAGAUGGCAGCCAUGGUAAAGUCAGACAAUCGUGCAGGGAUUCUGCUUCGAAGUAGAUCUGAGGGAACGCUGAUAGAUCUAGAUGAGAAUGUGACCAUCAACAACAACAACUUUCAUGGGAGCUAUGCUCAUCAGAUUGGAAUUGGAAAAACCUCUGAGUGGCCUGAUCUACCAAAAGAGAAUGAACAUCCCAAAAAAAUGACUAACCCCUUCUGGAAUCAGCUGGGCCAAUCAAAUCCAUUCUUAAAUGAUAUCGUCCACACGAGCACCUAUGAUUCUGGUGUGUCCAUACUGAAAGAGGAUCCCUUAUCACUGUUCGAUAAUAAUAACGAAGACUCUGUCAGCACAUCUUCAGAUGAAGCAAACUAUGCCCAUCUUUUAGCGCCCAGACAAAGCAAUCUAAAUCGAUCUGGGAGGUGGAGAAGUGCCUCGGAUAUACUUGACAGUCUUGAGAAAAAGGAAAACAAGAGGGAGAAGAGACUGAACUCUCAAGGACCUUUCCUGAAUCCUGAUUUCGAGUGGUUGAAAAAUGACAGAGAAGCUUACAAAAUGGCUUGGCUGAGUCAUAGACAGCUAACCAGGUCCUGCUUGGACCUGAGCCUAAUGAAGCAAAGUCCUGGAUGGGCUCAGACCCAGGCCACAGACAUUCAAAUUGUCUGCAAGAUUGACCACAAUGGAGGCUCUGUGCAGUUGCCAGACUCUGACAUCACAGCUCAUGUUCCUCAGGGACACGUCCCCCCAGGUGAGAUCCAGGAAAUUGCCCUCAAAAUUCUCCUAAAUCCUCCCACUGGAAUAAACAACAACUACACCAUGACUCUGAGCCCCCUUUUAGAGGUCAACCUCAGUAACCUCAAUGUUUCAGGGGGCAUUUCGCUGGAAAUGAGAAUGGCUGCUAAAGUUAAGAAUGACCCCACGAGCCACGUUAUGACGUCAUUUGUGGGUCUGGUCUCGCAAAGGAAAGAGGGACCUUAUCAGAAGUUAAAAGAUUGUUACGUAUACAACGAUAUGUUACAAAUGAAGCUCCUAGAUUUAAAACCUCACAUGUAUGUCAUAACUGCUGCUGAGGCCACUGUUCUGGAGCCACCUGCAAUGUCGGUAUGGGAUUACUUGGAUCGCUAUGUCACAGUGGCCGUCUAUGGGCCCAAGCACAUACACCCAUCCCUUAAAGUGGUUCUGGUCAUCUCGUGCCAUAACAAUAUUCCUCCCAGGCUCCCAUUCUCUGACAUCCAGAGGGGUAACAGGAACCUGCCCCCUGUUGUUUUGGAACUUUGGGGAAAACAUCAAUUUAACCCACAUGGUCUGAAAGAUCUUCACAUUGCUUCAAGUGUGUUGAACUCAAACUUUGAAGUGAAAUCAAUGGAUCGUAAUAAAGAGGUCAAACAGGAGCAGCUUAAAGCUGGCAGAGUGCUUCAUCUUCCACUGGAGCUGGCGAAGGUGGGUGGAGGUGAGAUGAGUCCAUUCAAACUCAAUAUUGAGGUGAAAGACUCAAAGAGUCUUGCUUUGGGAGACUUUUGCUUUACCUCCCCUGACACUUCCCCUCUGAGGUCAGACAAACAUGGCCACAGGCGGUCAGACCGGCAGAGAGAAGUGACUUGUUCAAUGCCCAUUCCCGAGGAAUCCAUCCCAGAAGUCCUUACCAAGAAAUUUCAGGACAGGCCUGUGGAUUUGCAGUGGUACGGGGUAGCACUGAAAUCCAUUCUCAGACAACCGAGAGUUGAAUAUCUUCUGGAAUAUUUUAAAGGUGAUACAAUUGCUUUGCUCUCCAAAGAAACUGUUAGAUCUGUAGGUCAGCUGAAGGUCAAGGAGUGGUAUAUUGGUUUUCUUCGAGGAAGGAUCGGCCUGGUUCACUGCAAGAACCUGAAGGUCAUAACGAAGGAUCAAGUUAUCGACUUCACUGGAAUUAAGCUCACCACGCAACUUCUCCUGGACAAUAUGGCAAUUCCUUUUAAGAAACUCACAUACAUGUACUCGGCUAUUCAGAUGUUGGUCACGGAUCAUGUAAAAUGCUGGAAAACCUUUGCUGAGGCUUUGGGUUACUCUGAGAUCUCCAUUGAUGCUAUCUCUAGGAGACAUGCUGAAACAGAGGCAGAAAAAGUAGCUUGCGUUCUUGAAAAGCUGAAGGAAGACUGUCACGCAGAGAAGAUUAAAAAAAAGUUCCAACAUGAGCUUAUUAUUGGGCUGUUGAAGAUGGAUGCUCAAGGACUAGUAGCCCAUAUCAUCCAGGACAUAGUGAUUCUGUCCACAGCAGUCGAGCUGGGAGUGCGAUGGAGAGAACUAGCCGAGCGUCUUGGUAGACUCUCAAAUGUUCAGAUUGCUGCUUAUGAGGCACCACACAGAGGGAAAAAUGGAGAAGUUAGUACUCAGUCAAUGUGGAAGCCUGCAUAUGACUUCUUGUAUGCCUGGAGUAAGCGGUACGGGGAUGGCUACAGGGAUAUGAUCCAGGACCUUCACCUGGCCCUUGAUAAGAUGAAGAGCCCAGUGACCAAGCAGUGGAGACAGAUCACUGGAGCUCUUAUAACUGUCAACUGCAUGGAGAUUCUGAGGGCUGCCAUUGUCCUCAGUGAUUAGGGAUGCCACUCUUUUUGUGCACCCACACUUCAUAUUGAGGUAAACCAUGUUCAUCUUGUUAGCUAGGUGUUAUUUUUUUAAUGUUAUAACGUAUGUACCCUUAAUGACAUUUGUUCUUUGAAAAGUACAGAAUUUUUGUUACUGUGUACCUGUCUGUAUUUUAUAUGUGUUGUAUGUUAGCAGACUGCAGAGUUACAGCACUGUUUCAUGUUGAAUUUACUUUGACAUUGUGAAAGAAUUAAACUUUGGUAAAACUUUUGUCUGAUUGCCAAAUGCAAGUGCAAGGCUGUUGGAAUUAGAUUUGCACUGGCAGGACCUUAGAUUUGUAAUUAAGUCCCUUAUGAAAUACUAAAGAUUUUAAGGGUUGUUUGAGGGGAAAAAAAUAGCUGUUGGUACAUAUUUACUAUAGAAGAUUGUGAUGGAAAAGAAAUCUGAAAAACCUUUUCAUCAUUCCAGAUGAACUGCCUCAAGGUUACCUACUUUGUUUUCUGUAUUUUAGUUAAACACAUUUGUUUCUGAAUUAUAGUGUCUGUCUGUACCUAUAUGUUUUUAAUAUUCAAAGUUAUAUGUGGAAAAUCUGAUACAAGUGUUAAAUGUGUUUUGGUCCUUGCGGACAGUGAUUCAUUGUUAUUCAUUAUUCGUCAGUUUAUCAGUAUGUUAAUACAGUAGUUUCAGUAUCACAGGUUAUAACAUUAUACUAGGUUUUCAACUAUAGUCAUUUAUGUUUGUUACCCUUAAGUAUAGUGCUUGAUACUGGCAAAUUUUAUAUAUCUUUUUUUUUAUUUUGUGAGUUUUGCAUCAUGUGUACGAGAUAAGUUGCCAUUUUAAAUAUGCAAACUACAGUGUUUAAAAGUAAGAGUCCAUGUAUAAUUGCAAACCUUUCCUGUCUUUAUAUUGCUGUAUUUGUUUUCACAUAACUUUUUUAUGCUAAUACAGUUGUAGACUUGUAUGUAACACUGUUAAAAUAUAACCAUUUAUGUCAUGAAGGAGCUCUAUAAUGAAGGUCAAAGAUAAUAAUAAUAAAAAAUGUUAUGUAUUUUGA